UCAGUCAUAAUUCUCACGCCUUAUCUCAGUAAACAACUAAUUUAUCUCAGUAAACAACUAACUUUUUUCCUAAAAAAAAUUUAAACGAGAAAAAAUAUUGAAACUUAAAAUGUCCAAAAGAUUCGUAUGGUCAUCAAAACAACUCUGGAGGAAUUUAGCAGCAAAAUGGAGAUACUCGUUGUCUCUGCCUCUAUCGUCGUCGUCUGCGGGUAAUGUGCCCAUGUCAAAAUUCGAUAAAGAUGCUUAUUUGCCUUAUAAGCAUUUGUUGGAGCGUUUGGAAAUUGUACGCGGUCGUCUCAAGCAACCAUUGACAUUGUCGGAAAAGGUUCUCUACUCGCACCUGGAUGAGCCAGCUAAGCAGGAUAUUGAACGUGGCAAAUCAUAUUUACGUCUGCGUCCCGAUCGUGUAUCUAUGCAGGAUGCUACAGCCCAGAUGGCACUACUUCAGUUCAUAUCAUCGGGUUUAAAUCAAGUGGCAGUGCCGACCACAGUGCAUUGUGAUCAUUUAAUUGAGGCCCAGAUCAGUGGCGUUCCAGAUUUGGAGAGAGCCAUCAAAUUGAAUAAGGAGGUCUUUGACUUCCUCUCAUCAAGUUCUGCAAAAUAUAAUAUUGGAUUUUGGAAACCAGGAAGUGGCAUUAUCCAUCAGAUCGUUUUGGAAAAUUAUGCCUUUCCAGGUUUGCUGAUGAUUGGCACCGAUUCUCAUACACCAAAUGGAGGCGGUUUAGGUGGCUUGUGCGUUGGAGUUGGCGGAGCAGAUGCUGUUGAUGUGAUGGCCAAUAUUCCGUGGGAACUACAGUGCCCCAAAGUGAUCGGAGUGAAUCUUACUGGUAAGAUAAGCGGCUGGACCUCGCCCAAGGAUGUCAUCCUGAAGAUGGCAGAAAUUCUAACAGUGAAAGGUGGUACUGGAGCCAUUAUUGAGUAUUAUGGAAAGGGCGUAGAUUCCAUAUCGUGUACAGGUAUGGCCACCAUAUGUAACAUGGGUGCUGAAAUUGGAGCCACUACUUCUGUGUUCCCCUUUAAUCAACGAAUGGUCGACUAUCUGUGCGCCACAGGACGUGGAAACAUUGCCGGUGAGGCGGAAAAAUAUAAGGAUUCUCUAUUGACAGCCGAUAAGGAUUGCAAAUACGAUCGGGUGAUCGAUAUCAAUUUGGAUACACUGGAACCACUGGUCAAUGGGCCCUUCACACCCGAUUUGGCUCAUCCUAUUAGCAAGCUGGGUGAGAAUUCUAAGAAGAAUAACUAUCCAAUGGACAUCAAGGUGGCUUUAAUUGGUUCCUGCACAAACUCUUCGUAUGAGGAUAUGGGUCGUUGUGCCAGCAUAGCUAAAGAUGCCAUCGACCAUGGAUUAAAGGCGAAAAUACCAUUUAAUGUUACCCCAGGAUCGGAGCAAGUCCGUGCCACCAUCGCUAGGGAUGGCAUCAUCGAUAUAUUUAAUAAAUUCGGUGGAACCGUUCUGGCGAAUGCAUGUGGACCUUGUAUCGGGCAAUGGGAUCGCAAAGAUGUCAAAAAAGGCGAAAAGAAUACAAUAGUCACAUCGUAUAAUCGAAAUUUUACAGGUCGCAAUGAUGCCAACCCGGGUACACACAGUUUUGUGACCAGUCCAGAGCUGACCACAGCCAUGGCCAUAACUGGUCGCUUGGACUUUAACCCUUUGAAGGAUGAACUGACUGGUGCGGAUGGAAAAAAAUUCAAAUUGAAAGAACCAGUUGCUGAUGAAUUGCCCGCCAAAGGCUUUGAUCCUGGCGAGGACACCUAUUCUCCCCCUCCACCUAAAGGAACGGAGGUCAAGGUGGUCGUUGAUCCCAAAUCAGAAAGAUUGCAAUUGCUCCCACCCUUUGAGAAAUGGGACGGCAAGGACUAUAUCGAUCUCGCAGUCCUUAUUAAAAUAAAGGGUAAAUGCACCACAGAUCAUAUAUCGGCGGCUGGGCCUUGGCUUAAAUAUCGCGGACAUUUGGAUAACAUUUCAAACAACAUGUUCAUUGGUGCCGUCAAUGCCGAAAACAAUGAGAUGAAUAAUAUAAAGAAUCAACUAACUGGAGAAUUUGGGCCAGUACCUGCAGUCGCCUGCGACUACAAGGUCAAUAAGAUUCGAUGGGUGGCUGUCGGCGAAGAGAACUAUGGAGAGGGAUCCUCACGGGAACAUGCUGCCCUCGAGCCCCGUCAUUUGGGCGGUGUGGCUGUUAUUGUCAAGUCCUUUGCUCGUAUCCAUGAGACGAAUCUAAAGAAACAGGGCUUACUAGCAUUGACAUUUGCCAACGCAUCCGAUUAUGAUAAGAUUCAGCCCACAAGUAAGCUAUCUUUACUCAAUCUUAAGGACUUGGCUCCUGGCAAACCUGUCGAAUGUGAAGUCAAGAAUGGAGGCAGUUCGGAGAAAAUUCAAUUGAAUCAUACCCUAAAUGAUUUGCAAAUCAAAUGGUUCCAGGCUGGCAGUGCUCUCAAUAUGAUGAAAGAACUGGCCAAAGGCAAUGGAUCUAAAGGCGAUUGCGCCAAAAAAUAAGCAAAUGCAUAUUUUUAACAAAAAAUUUUUAGUGCAAUGUUAAUUAUUAUAUGAACUAUCUGUUAAAUAAUUGUUUAUAUAAGUAUAUACGUAAUAUAGC